UAACAUAUCAAAAGCAAAGCAUGAGUAGUACCCUCUUCUCCCCCAAUUGAUCGUACCCAAAGCCAUGGCUUCUCUUGCAAGCUUAGCUAUUGUUCAACCAGCUACAGUCAAUGGCCUUGCUGGAAGUUCCCUUAGUGGAACCAAGCUCUCUUUCAAGCCCUCUCGCCAGAGUUUCAGACCCAAAAAUUUCAGGAGAGGGGGUGUGGUAGCAAAGUAUGGUGACAAGAGUGUGUACUUUGAUUUGGAGGAUAUUGGCAACACUACAGGUCAGUGGGACUUGUACGGCAACGAUGCACCUUCACCCUACAACCCUCUUCAGAGCAAGUUCUUUGAGACAUUUGCGGCUCCAUUCACAAAGAGGGGAUUGUUACUGAAGUUUUUGAUCCUGGGAGGUGGUUCCACGCUGGCAUACCUGAGUGCCACAGCCUCAGGUGACAUUCUACCCAUCAAGAAGGGCCCACAACUUCCACCUAAGCCCGGUCCCCGUGGCAAAAUCUAACUUUGUUUCUCAAUUUCAUCUCUUUUCUUUCUUCUUUUCAAUCCAACAUGUAUGUAUCUAUCUAUGUAUAUCUCUGUUUGCAUAUUUCCCUCUAUCAAUGCUGCUUAUUUCCACACCCUAAUACACUGCCAUUGCUUUUAAUUUAAUUCUCAGUUAUUCAGUUGAAGCAAAGACCAAUCAGGUCAUCACCGUUUGUAGGACCUUUUAAGCCUUAUUUUAAGAAUAUUAGUUAUAAAUUAAUAAAUAAUUUUGUGUUAAAAACGCAUGUAAACAUUACAUUGAAAAUUUUGAGAGUUGCUAUCACAUUUUUCAUAAAUUAUAUGAUCACAAAUAACGUAGAAAGGCAAGGAGAGUUAAAAGGACACGCAGACAUGAUAAUUGUGGUAUCAUCAGAAAGCACAUAUUGUUAGCUACCAGACUACAAAUUCUUCUUAUAAGAAAAAUAAUGUAUAUAUCUGACAAUGCUUCAAAGUCAAUGAAUUUUGUAUACUCAUUCCUAUGUACAAAAGGGAAGAAUUGGUCAAAAAAAGAAAAAACAGUCAAGACUCCAACAAACACCUCUAUGUAUGUGUCUAAUGGUGCUUUUGAAGGCCAAGGUUCACUCGCUAUACUGGUUUCUCCCUCUGACUCCUGUUUUAAUGGCGCGAUGUGGGGCUUCUCAUGACGCCCAAGUUCUCAAGAUAUGACCCCUUCUUGUUGGUGACUACAUUCGAAAGUUUUUGUUGCUUUGCAUCAUCGUCUUUGCAAAAGUCAUCUGAAGCUAAGGGGUCCUUCUUCAUGUCUGAGUCACCUUGAUCAGAGCCCCAACCCAUGAAAUCUGAUAAUGUCAUUGAAGCAGGUGUUUCUGUGCUACCCUUGUCUAAAUCUUCUCUAGGACUCGGCCUUGAAACUGAGCUUCUCCUUCUUCCAUUUAGAUUUUGAGUUUGAAUUUGAUAAUCUGCUUGGAGUACAUCAUCUAUUCUCGAAAGUACUGUAAAGGCUAAACUUUCCAAUAUUCUUGAAUAGCUUUCUAGAACAGCUUGCCCCACAUCCUGCCAAGACAACAAUUCCUUUAUCAUUAUGUUAAUUAAACACAGCAAAAAUUAGUCUAUUAAAUGACGCUUCCAAACUCACCAAACCCAGAUAUUAAUUCAUGCAACAGAAAAUGAAAAUGAAUCCAAAUAUGAUGUUCCAAAGAAUCUCUUCAGUCAGUUCUUUGUACAAAAGUAUAUGCAGAUUUUGGACAACAAAACUCAAGCUUAAGAAGAGACAUGCUCUUACCUUGUUGAAUUGGAUUUUGCUUAUAUCCAAUGCAGAUUGAGGAAUGCCAGGGAAACGGUGCUUUAAGAGAAGUAAUAUGGUUUCUGCUCUCUCUUCAAAGAGCUCUCUUUUUUCCAAACUCACUGCAGAACCCCAAGUAGAUUUUCCAUCCUUUUGGUUCAUCUUCCGCUUCCAAAUCACUAUUGAUGCUUCAAUUCUAUUCUUGAGAUCUAGGAUUUUAUGUUCUGAUGAUAAGUCCAUGGUUGAGAGGAACUGAUCAGGAUCAAAAAAUUCAACUGUUAUACUCCUGUAGAUCGAGUCUCCUAGACUUGCUCUUCCAUUCUGCAGGAGAAGAAGAGUAAGGAAAAAAAAGAGUUAUGUUGUGAAAAGAAAAAUAUGUUAGAAAACUGAAUCAAGACCUAACUUUUGAGCAUAUAGUAGUUGUUUUUGUCUCACCUUGGGUAGGGAAUCAAUAUAGCUUUCAGGGAUCUCCAUUUCUGUUAUAAUUUGAGCAUUUAUUGCCAUGGCCGCUUUAAGUACUUGAUUAACACAAUCUUUCUGAUACUGUAAAAAUUUUCUAGCCAUGUCAGAUAGACCUUCUGCAGGAACCUUAGGGGUAGGUAACCACCAUUUAUCAUCAUUUUUUUUCUUGGAAUCGUCUUGAUCUGAAUCUUCUGAAUCUUUCGAUACAUAAUAGAACUCAUUUUGAUCU